GCUGCCGCCGGUGGCCGAAGCCGCCUCCCUCGUCCCCGCUGGCCACCGGAGGAGCCUCGGUCUCGCCAUGGUGUCCUGGAUCAUCUCUCGGCUGGUGGUCUUGGUCUUUGGCACUUUGUACCCUGCCUAUUCUUCCUACAAGGCCGUGAAGACGAAAAAUGUGAAGGAAUAUGUCAAGUGGAUGAUGUAUUGGAUCGUGUUUGCCUUCUUCACUACAGCAGAGACACUCACAGAUAUUAUUCUCUCUUGGUUUCCUUUUUAUUUCGAGUUGAAAAUCGCAUUUGUGAUCUGGCUGCUCUCUCCUUACACCAAGGGCUCCAGCGUUCUCUACAGGAAGUUUGUUCACCCAACGCUCUCCAAUAAGGAGAAGGAAAUUGAUGAGUACAUCAGCCAGGCCCGUGACAAGAGUUAUGAAACUAUGAUGAGAGUUGGCAAGCGAGGAUUAAAUUUGGCAGCCAAUGCAGCAGUUACUGCAGCUGCAAAGGGCCAAGGAGUUUUGUCUGAAAAGCUACGGAGUUUCAGUAUGCAGGACCUGACUUUGAUCCGGGAUGAUGACACUGUGCAUUUACGGAGCCCUGAACCACGCUUGCGUACCGCUACUACUGGUCUUCUUGAAACAGUUGAUGAUUCAGGUGCUUCCUGUUAUUCCUCAGCAGAUGAGGUGUCUGGGUCUCAAAAGCAUAAUGGUACCCAGUCUGACGCCAGAACGGACCCCUCGGAUGAUGAUGCAGACAAGGUUCCCAAGCGGACCCAGAGCCUUAAAGUUCCUAAAAAAGUGACAAAGACUGAGAGUAUCACAACUGUGGAGAGAUCCCUGUAGGGCCAAAUGCAUGGUGGGAUUCCAGAGGAAGAGAAAAAAGUUUACAAGCAGCCACCUGAGACUGUGAAAUCAACCUUUUCUGGGAACUCCUUAGGCCAGAAGGAUGAACUCUGUUAGAAUUUUGUCUCUGAGAAUGACUGAUAUUUGAACACAUGUUUGUAGCAAAGCCCAGUAUCAAAGCUGCUACUGUUCUGUUUGCAUUGACAAAUUGGAAUCAGAAAUAAUAUGGAAUGUAGACAAAAUAUA